CAAUAAUUACCUCCAUGAAGUACUGAACAAGUGGAGGGGGUGAAAAGCAAGCGAGGAGGUGGAGUCGUGUUCAGAGAGGGAGGAAAAGCCAGCAGAAGAGCAGGAAAAAAAGAGAAAAACCAUCAGACACAACAACAUCGGGGGGAGGACGGUGGAUUAACUGCCAGCUGAAGCAAUUCAAAUUAAGAGAAACGCCGCUGUGAAGAAGGGAGGACAGCAAGAUGAUAACGCCCUAUUUCCUGGAAAAUUUCUGGGGCGAUAAAAACAAUGGAUUUGAUGUACUGUACCACAACAUGAAACAUGGCCAGAUAUCCAGCAAGGAGCUAUCAGACUUCAUCAGAGAAAGAGCCACCAUAGAGGAGGCUUAUUCAAGAUCAAUGACCAAACUGGCCAAGACCGCCAGCAACUGCUCUCAGCUAGGGACGUUUGCGCCGGUGUGGGAUGUGUUUAAACAGUCCACCGAAAAACUGGCAGCAUGUCACAUGGAGCUGGUCCGCAAACUUCAAGAGCUCAUCAAGGAAGUCCAGAAAUAUGUGGAGGAACAAGCCAAAAAUCAUAAGAAGACAAAGGAGGAGGUGGCGUCCACGCUGGAGGCUGUGCAGAACAUCCAGAGUGUGUCACAGGCCUUACAGAAGAGCAAAGAGAACUAUAUCAACAAGACACUAGAGCAAGAACGCAUGCGCAAAGAGGGGGCCACACAAAGAGACCUGGACAAGGCUGGACUGAAGGUCAAGAAAGCCACAGAGACCUACAAGUCAUAUGUGGAGAAAUAUGCCAAUGCAAAGACAGAAUUUGAGCAAAGAAUGACAGAAACUGCACAGAAAUUCCAGGGCAUUGAAGAGGAACAUGUACUGCGUAUGCAGGAGAUUAUCCAUUCAUACUGUCAGUCUGUUGAAGAGACACACAUACAGAUAGGAGAGGUCCAAGAAGAGUUUGUGAAAAACAUGGAGAACACUUCCGUUGAGAGCCUCAUACAGAAACUGGCAGAAAGCAAAGGAACAGGCAAAGAGAGACCAGGGCCCAUUGAAUUUGAGGAAUGUAAUGUCUCAAUCGCCACAGAAGGUGCAAAACCCAGAAAAAGGAAAACCUUUGUCAUACCAGGCCGACGGAAAGAUAAAGACACAGAUUCCACUGAAUCGACUGAAGUAGAAGCAGUUAACGCUUCCAACGGAGCUCCCCCGGGUUUCUACGGUGCUAUAGAUCUUCAUAACGCCAAUGUGCCUCAGCUGGACGAGGAGGGAUUCUGUAUCCGACCAGAAGUCAAUGAGAAUGAUGCCAAAGAGAACUCCUUUUAUUCAUCCAGUGACUCAGAAGAUGAGGACGAGCCAAGAAAAUUCCACGUCCAGAUCAAACCCGUGCAGACAAACAACGGCACACACCAGCACAAAGCCACCAUCGACGAGCUGAAGGCCUCCAUUGGAAACAUCACGCUCUCGCCCACCCCUGCCGUUCAUAUGAAGAAGAACCAAUCCAGUGAUGACCUGGCACGACCCAAGAUACCGCAGACAUCCUUUAAUGAUAGAUUAGCCAGUAAUGACCUGCUGUCUUUGGAUCCAUUUGGCCCGACCAGCACCAGCUCCAGCUCCUCUAUACCCCACUCAUCAGAAGUGGAUUUACAGUCGGAGGCCACCUCUCCUUCAACAGUCAGUCUUGAGAUUACCGAGGCUCCUGCUUUUCCCCUUCCCUCCAAACUCCCUCCUCCUGCUGGUCUUGCCAAGCCGUGCACUCCGCCGUUCCCUGUUCUCUCCUCUCCUUGGGAGCUCCCUGAUGAGGCUGUCACUCCCCUCCACCCUGGCCCAGCUCGAGCUAUGAGUGUGCCUCCAGCUCUGCAGGCUGCUCCUAAGGACUAUGCUACCCACAAGCCCCCUCUCAGUGCUCCUGUCACUGGUCCAGACGCACUUUCGUCCUGGGCCCAGAGCCAAUGGAUUGCCUUUAAUGAUGCCUUUGUGCCAUGUCGUGGACUGUCCCAUCAACCAGCAAGGCCUCGGUCAGUGCCCGUUUCUCAACAGCCCAAGCUUUUCUCAAGAGAGCCUGUUGACACAUUUGGCAGCUUUGGGAGAGAGGAGAGUGCCCUCUCUCUAAAGGAAGCACCAGCUCGACCCAUGCAGUAUGUACCACCUCCAAACAGGCCAACCACUCCCCUGGGCACAGCAACCAUUGUCCCGCCUCCAAGACCAUUAUCCCGGCCCAAACUGCCUGCAGGCAAACUGACGGGCAUCAAUGAGGCUGGCCAACCAUUCAGCCCUCCUAAGAUGUCCAACUCCAGCCCUCCUCCCGCUGCUCCUCUGGCUCGUGCCGAGAGCUCCUCCUCUCUCAGCUCCAACACCUCCUUGAGCACCAGCAACACACCAACUGUCGAGGACGAUCUGUUCGUGGGGAAACUGCCCACAUUUGAGAAGAGAUGUGAGACUCCUGCAGGGACCUCUCGUGGGCCCAGUCCAGUGACACUGGCUUCCCAGGAUGCAUUGCCCAUUGCGGUAGCAUUCACAGAAUCAGUUAAUGCCUAUUUCAAAGGAGCAGAUCCCAGCAAGUGCAUUGUGAAGAUCACAGGAGACAUGACCCUGUCCUUCCCCAGUGGCAUCAUCAAGAUUUUCACCUCUACUCCGUCUCCUGCUGUACUCAGCUUCAAACUCUCAAACACUAGCAGAUUAGAGCAAAUCAUGCCCAACCAGCAACUACUGCACAGUGACUCCUCCCAGAGCGACACUAAAGACUUUUGGCUGAACAUGCCUGCACUGACAGCGUACCUCAGGAAGAGCUCUGAGCAGAACCCUGCUGCAUCCUAUUACAACGUGGACAUCUUAAAGUACCAGGUAUGUUCAAAUGGGAUUCAGUCAACUCCUCUGAACCUUGUGGUGUACUGGAAAUGCACUCCUAGUACUACAGACCUGCGAGUGGACUACCGAUACAACCCAGAGUCCAUGCAGCCCCCCGCAGCUCUCACCAAUUUACAGAUGUUAGUGCCCGUCAAUGGAGGCGUCACAAACAUGCAGUCACUUCCCAAUGCCAUCUGGAACGCAGAACAGAGUAAGUCAUUAUGGAAAUUGAGUGAUAUCUCUGACAAGUCUGAAAAUGAAGGCUCUGGUUCUUUGAGAGCAAAGUUUGAGCUGUCUGAUGGUCCAUCCAUCCCUGCCACCCUGGCUGUUCAGUUCUUCAGUGAAGGCAGCACUCUGUCUGGUGUAGAUAUGGAACUGGUCGGCUCUGGUUACCGUCUCUCCCUCAAUAAGAAGAGAUUUGCCACUGGCCGCUAUAUGGCUGACUGCUGAGAUCUGAGCAGAGACCUGUCUGCUCUCAAAUGCAGGGAAUCUGGAGGUCAAUUCCUGUUCAUUCAUUAAUUCUGUCACUGGUUCGCAAUGAUAUUUAUGGAGGAUCGUUAGGGGGGAUGGAAAAAGAGAGCUGUCUGGGUGAAGGCCUCUCAUGCUUCUGUUUCCUCUCCACGUUCUGAACGAUCCAGUUCCAGUGAAGCACCUUCUGGAGAUUCAAGAUUUUUAUACUAUAUUAACGUAGCACUGAAUAUCAAACACUGUGUACAAAGAAAAAUAAAAAAAAAAGAAAAGAAAAAAUGAGGAAUGUCAGGAUAUUGGCGAAUGAAAUCAUUAAUCUUUGAUACUUUUCGAUCAAUUCAGACUUUUAUAAAGUCAGAACGGUAGUGUUUGUUAUUUUGAUAUGUAUAGUUAACAAUUUGUAAUAUGAAUUAUAUGUGUAUAAUACAACAUAUCUAGGCAAAAAAAAAAGAACAAAAAAACUGCACUAACAAUCUUUCUGGAUAUUUGUUGAGCAUUCAUUUCUCCAUUUGUAUUCACCCAAAUGUCAGUCACAAUGACAAUGAGGAGAACAAAAGGUGGAAAAAAAGCCUCAGCAAUAGAUCACUUCAUUCUCACAAGAAAGCCUUACUUCUUGUCCGUGGUCUUUUCCAUAACCGAGCAUUGCACAUCCGGCUGAUAGAUUUAGAUUCCCCCUCACCCCAAUUUUUGUUGUUUUCAGUUUCUUUCUUUUUUUCAGUUGUAUUUUUCCUUAUAAAUGUGCAAUGAAGGUAUAAGCUUUCAAAAUUACAUUUAUGGAUUGUUUUUAAAGUUUAGUGCCAUUUUCACUUUAACAUUGUCAAGAGAACCUACUGGUUAGUUGUGUGUCUUAACAGCAAAAGGAAACUUAUACACUGACCUCAGUGCCUCUUUUUUUGUUACUUAAAAUAAUUAUACAGGACAAUUUGCAUGUUUAAGUCUAAAAGACCUAUGUUUUCCCCUUUUUUAUAUUAUGACCUUUCCUCUUCCUAAAUUUUUGAAGUGCCAGUUCAGUUCUUUAUGCUUCCUGAUGGGAUACUGAAGGGAAAACACUGCCUAAACUUUAGCCUUUGUCCUUCAAACCCCUUUAGAGUGCUUUACCCAAACAGUUCAGUGCAAAGGAAUGUGCUGUUCCCGUUUUAGACGUCAUCCAGGUGUUUUCUGUAAUGCCUUAUAGAUGUGUGCCGAAAUGAUACCAAAAUAACCACAGAAAGUUUUCACUGAAAAAAUUCGAAUUACAAACACCGACCUGACCAUUUGGGGAGAUCCUUGUUGAUAAACAGACCAAAAUAUUGUGAAUAUUCGCAUAUCAAGAUGAAUUACAAGCAUGCACACUUUUUAGUGUAGUUGAUUAACAACGGACUACCAAUUUUUUACAUAAGUGUAUUUUUAAGGGACACUGUGUGUAUGUUUUCACCAAAUGUGCCGUCACGUCUGUUUUUGAGUGUUUAAUGUUAAUAAUAACUUGAACGCAUUAGAUUCUUAAAAUUAUGGCUCAAAUGAUCUUUUUUGCUUUGAGCAAGUUUGCCAAAUACAAAUCAAAAAGCACAAUGAUGCAAUGAGCCAGUGGAAGUUUAAAUGUGUGCAGGGUCCAACUGCCACAUGAGAGAUUUUUUCAUUUUGAGAUUUUCUUCAUUUCUUUUUUUUUUUUUGCUGGAACCCAGUGGUGAGCAUUUACAGUGCUUUAAGGGAGUCUGUCCCCCAUACAAGGGCUAUUUGCCUUGUCCUCUUCAGAGGACCACGUCUCCAAGGGCUAACCCAAUCUCAGCGAUAGCCAACACCAUUUGUAACUUAAAAUGAAAAACACUAAUAAACACUAAACGCCACCAAUGAAGGAUGAAUCUGAAAGCAACGACGUUCUUUAAAAUUACGUCUUGGUAUCACCAGGAACUUUUUUUGUCUCUUCGAUCGCAGCCUAACAGUUUUGUGAAGUAACAACAUAAAGAUUUUAUCUUCAGAAUCAUCACUGUCUUUAUGUACCUGUUUUAUAUAUAUAUAUAUAUAUAUAUAUAUAUAUAUAUAUUUGUGAUUUUAAUUUACUUGUAUUCAGUAUAAAAUGUGGUGUUGGUGUCAAUACAGAGGCAGAAAUCAACUGGGGAACAUCCUGGUCAAUGUAGCAUCCGAAUACAAUACAAUAUUGGCUUCUUUAAGUGAAUAUGAACUAAUUGUGUCAUUAGCGAGCUGGUUCUUGCUGCCUCUACAGCCACGUCAAUAUUCAAAGUCAUUUUGGAGCAUUUAAAAAGUUUAUUCUUUUCUUUCUUUCUUUUUACGUCCACAUUCAAUGGCAUGGUAAAACAUUUUUGUGAUUUUUCUUUUUUUUUUUUACCACCUAAUGUAAAUUUUUAGAAAUA